CCUAUUUUUGCAAAUUUCCCUAGAAAGAGAGAAAGUGAAACCCUGCAAAAACCCCAAAUUUCUCUCAAAAGUCGGCAGAUUUCGCUUCCAAGAGCCACCGCUGAUCCAGCGAAUUGGGAACGGCGAUGGCUGACUCUCAUCCGAGCGAGGAAGACGACCAAGGCGAGGUUUUUCUGGACGAAAGCGAUGUUAUGGAAGAAAUCGACGUCGACGAGGAAGAUCUUCCUGACGCCGAUGACGAAGCAGGAGGAUCUGAUGCUGAUCCUAUUGAGGAAGCUGACGAUUCCAUGCACAUAUUCACUGGUCAUACUGGUGAGCUGUAUGCACUUGCAUGCAGUCCAACUGAUGGUGUGUUAGUGGCAACGGGGGGUGGAGAUGACAAAGGAUUUCUUUGGAGGGUUGGACAAGGAGAUUGGGCUUUUGAGCUGCAAGGCCAUAAAGAUUCUGUGUCUAGCUUAGCCUUUAGUACAGAUGGACAGCUGCUUGCAUCUAGUGGCUUUGAUGGACUUGUUCAGAUUUGGGACAUAAAUUCCCAGAGUCUCAAGUGUGUGCUUGAAGGUCCUGGAGGGGGCAUUGAAUGGGUCAGGUGGCAUCCAAGGGGACAUUUAGUUCUGGCUGGUUCAGAGGAUUCCACUGUUUGGUUGUGGAAUGCUGAUAAAAAUGCAUUUCUUAGUAUGUUUUCUGGUCAUGGUAGUAGUGUGACCUGUGGUGAUUUCACCCCUGAUGGUAAAACAAUCUGUACUGGUUCUGAUGAUGCAACUUUGAGAAUAUGGAACCCAAGAAGUGGAGAAAACAUCCAUGUGGUUAGAGGUCAUCCAUAUCACACUGGAGGCUUGACAUGCUUAACUAUAACAUCUGAUUCAACUCUUGCUCUUACUGGUUCUAAGGACAGUUCAGUUCACAUUGUGAAUAUAAUAACUGGAAAGGUAGUUAGUUCUCUGAAUGCUCACUCAGACUCCAUAGAAUGUGUCGGGCUUGCAAUAAGCUCCCCUUGGGCUGCAACCGGAAGCAUGGAUAAAAAGCUCAUUGUUUGGGACCUGCAGCAUUCAUUGCCGCGUUGCACAUGCAUUCAUGAGGAUGGUGUUACUUGCUUGUCAUGGCUCGGAGCAUCUCGGUUCUUGGCUACAGGUUGUGUUGAUGGGAAGGUACGACUGUGGGACUGUUUAUCCGGAGAGUGCGUGAGAACCUUCAGCGGUCACUCUGAUGCCAUCCAGUCACUGGCUGUGUCUGCUAGCGGAGAAUUCCUGGUUUCAGUUUCACUUGAUGGAACUGCUCGAGUAUUUGAGAUUGCAGAAUUUCAAUAAAGAGAUCAAACAUUCGUGUACUAUGGGUUUUUCUUUUCUCUUUUGGGCUCCCAACUUUGUCAAUGGUGUUGGAAGUUAUUUAAAUUUUCUGUCUACUUCGUUUCUGGUGAACUGAACUUAGAUUAGGUAUACCCUCAUUAGGCCUGUUGAAUACGCGAUAUUGUAAACUUGCUUCAUGACUCAUUGUCAAUAAGAUCCUAAAUUCCAUCUUUUUUGGUCA